ACAGGACGCAGGGGAACAGCAGCAGUAGGGUGGCGGCGCUGGGCCGCUCUCCGCUCUGCUCACUAGGAGGAGGGGCCGGAAGGCGAGAGCCGGCUGGGCCGGGCGGAGAAGCGAAGCGGGGUACUUCUGCACAUGGCCCCACGACAUGAGCUGCCCGCCAGCGGUUCUCCUUUUCGCCUAGGGCAGCGGAAGGAGCUUCUAACACCCCCGGCCUUGCUGAAGACUUUUGCAGAAUGUCCAGGGAGUUGUUCCUUGGUGUUUAGCUCACCAUCUUUGCAGCAACUGGAUACUCAGCUUUCCAACAUCCAAGAAGUACCCGCACGUCUGCAUCUCCUGGGAUCGUUCUAUUGCAUUGGGACUGCUGAGCUGAAUACAUUUCUUGUUCAUUAGCGGCAGCGUUAAUUAAACGUGCUGCUUCUCCCUCUUCUGGAGCUUGGGGUCGCCUUUAUCUCUCGUUUCCAUUUCCCCAGACAUCAAAGCAGUAAUGGGUUGUUUCUGUGCUGUCCCGGAGGAAUUUUAUUGUGAGGUUUUGCUUCUGGAUGAAUCCAAGUUGACCCUGACCACCCAACAGCAGGGGAUAAAGAAGUCAACGAAAGGGUCGGUUGUCCUGGGCUACGUAUUCCGUCACUUAAACCUCGUGGAGAUAGAUUACUUUGGACUGCGUUACUGUGACAGAAGUCAUCAGACGUACUGGCUGGAUCCUGCAAAGACCCUUGCAGAACAUAAGGAAUUGAUAAACACUGGGCCACCAUAUACUCUAUAUUUUGGUGUUAAAUUCUAUGCAGAAGAUCCAUGCAAACUUAAGGAAGAAAUAACCAGGUAUCAAUUUUUUUUGCAGGUGAAGCAAGAUGUUUUGCAAGGUCGCAUGCCCUGUCCCAUCAACAUUGCAGCUCAGCUGGGAGCAUAUGCAAUUCAGUCUGAGCUGGGAGACUAUGACCCAUAUAAGCACACUGCAGGUUAUGUGUCAGAAUACCGAUUUGUUCCAGACCAGAAGGAAGAACUGGAAGAUGCAAUAGAACGGAUACACAAAACUCUGAUGGGUCAGGUUCCUGCUGAGGCAGAGCUGAAUUACUUAGGAGUGGCCAAAUCACUGGAAAUGUAUGGAGUAGAUCUCCAUCCUGUCUAUGGUGAAAACAAGUCUGAAUAUUUUUUAGGAUUAACACCUGUAGGAGUUGUUGUUUACAAGAAUAAAAAACAAGUAGGGAAGUAUUUCUGGCCUAGAAUUACAAAGGUUCACUUCAAGGAAAUGCAGUUUGAACUUAGAGUGCUGGGAAAAGAUUGCAAUGAAACGUCCUUCUUUUUUGAAGCACGUAACAAAACCACAUGUAAACAUCUUUGGAAAUGCUGUGUAGAGCACCAUACGUUCUUCAGAAUGCCGGAAAAUGAGUCAAACUCUCUGUCAAGAAAAUUCAGCAAGUUUGGAUCCGUAGGCUAUAAACAUCGGUACAGUGGCAGAACAGCUUUGCAGAUGAGCAGAGAACUUUCAGUCCAGCUUCCUCGGCCUGACCAAAAUGUUGAAAGAAGUCGUAGUAAGACUUAUCCAAAAAGAAAUGCACAAACGCAACAGACUGGAUCCAAAAGCAUAAAUCAGGUUACCGCAAAUAUGGAAAAUGUGGAAAAAGAAGGAACCACUAAAAUUAUUGUACCUUCCCCAGUAAAAAGCUUUAAAAAGGCAAAAAGUGAAAAUAGUCCAGAAACCCAAAGAAGUAAAAUAAGUGCACCAUGGGAGGAAAAUGGCCCCCAGAGUGGACUGUAUAAUUCUCCCAAUGACCGCAAUAAAUCACCAAAAUUUCCUUACUCUCGACGACGGAACCCAUCAGGUGGCAGUGAAAAUGAAUCUGGGCAACACGCUAGAAGAAGGAAAGCCCAGAACAGUGGUGAAGAUUCAGAUCUAAAGCAAAGGAGAAGGUCACGAUCUCGUUGUAAUACCAGCAGUGGUAGUGAGUCAGAAAAUUCUAACCGGGAGCAUCGGAAGAAGAGAAACAGGUUACGGCAGGAAAAUGACAUGGUGGAUUCAGCUCCUCAGUGGGAAGCAGUACUGAGACAACAAAAAGAGAAAAACCAGGCUGAUCCCAACUACAGGCGAUCCAGGCACAGAUCUCGAUCGAGAAGCCCAGAUAUACAAGCAAAGGAAGAGUUAUGGAAACAUAUUCAGAAGGAACUUGUGGAUCCAUCUGGGCUGUCGGAGGAGCAGCUGAAAGAGAUUCCAUACACCAAAAUAGAGACUCAAGGUGACCCAAUCCGCAUUAGACAUUCACAUUCCCCCCGAAGCUACCGGCAGUACCGGCGGUCCCAGUGUUCUGAUGGCGAGAGAUCUGUUCUGUCUGAAGUGAAUGCAAAAACAGACCUUGUGCCUCCAUUGCCUGUGACUCGUUCCUCAGAUGCUCAGGGUCCCAGCAUUCCAGCUUCACAACAGAGGCGAAAUGGGUCCAAAGAUAGCCUGACAGAAGAAAAAUCUCAGAUAUCGAGCCUGGAUGGAAAAAACAGUGCAAAGAUAAUAAAAACUGUACAUGCAUCACGCCUCAAAAUAGAGACUUGAUUGCUAUAAUGGAGUUCCUUUGAAAUUGGGAAUUACACAACAGUUCAGAUACUCUUUAGCUGGAAAAUGUUUCUUUGGCAUAAGAAAAGAAGAAAAAUGUAAACUGGAGUGGUGGUAAUUUCCUUAAAUUUAAAACUCCAACCUGCUUGCUCUGAAGAGUAAUCACUGUUUUCAUCACUGGUUAACGUUGCUUACGUGAUUGCAAAGAAGUUGACUGGUUAGACAGUUGGAAGGGAAAGUCUUACUACAAUUCAACAAUUGCCAGAUACUGUAUUUUCAAAAGAGGAACAGAGGAACUGUCAUGACAGAUCAGACCUUGAUCUAAUUCAUUC